AUGCGAAUGCAAGUCGUCUCGUCAGCCCCUCUGCCACCAACCGUCGCUCCGGCGGAUCUUGUCGUCGUCGGCGGCGGAGCAGGAAGAUCCGCGACGGAUGAGGAUGUGAUCAAGUAUUCGGCGAUUCCCCCCACCGUCAAACAGGAGCCGCAGCAAUCCAAUACGGCUCUUCCGCCGCCCUCGUUUCACAAUUUCGCAUUUUUCGUAAGUCAUCCUUCACUUUUUGGUUUCGUCUAAAAUUCUAGUGCUCUUUUCUAAAGAAUCUCCUGUUAAUCGUUGUUCUUUCAGAAUGGAAUGCCAAAUGAUCUAUCUCCAAACCGCAUGUUCUACAACGACACCAUGGCCAAGAAUGAGAAUGGUAAGUUUGUGGGUACCUGUGAAUCUGUGCAGUUGUUGUCAUUCUUCUAGCUUUAAAAUAUAUGUUUGUCCCUCUAAAAGCUCUUCACAGUUCCUCAUCAACUAAGAGAUUUCUUUGCUUAUUGCCACCGAAUACACCUUCAGAGUUGAGAACCCCUCGGUCCUCUGCGACGCAUCUAGGAAACCUUCAUCUUCCUUUUCCCUUUCCUUUUCCCCUCCGCUUCCCUUCCCGAAUUCAGAUUCAAAUUCUAUCUGACGGAGCAAAAAACUUUGACGUCUUCAGAAGGCCUCGUUUUCCGUAAAUUUCAUCGUCUCCUCCUGCCUCCUGUUGUGCUCUUCCCGACGGAGGACGGGUAACCAAAUUUCCUGCUGAUUCCGCCGAUGAUUCGCCGCAACGCCUUUUCACUUCAUUUCUUCUUCUCCUUCUGCUUCAGAAUUCCUUCACUUCUUCCCAUCUACUUCUUUUCCAUCACAUUCACAGUCCUCUGAGUUCUUCGAUUACUGUAUCCCAUUUCAGAUCAUUUCACCGGCAUGAAUCUCUCCACAACUGCCGCCUCGUCCAGCGAAUCGACAACGCCGAUCGCGAAAGAGCCGGUAUAAUUACAGGGCCGUUCAGGCACUUCCAUCCCUAAAAAUGAGUGUCUCCUAAUGCACUUCCUUUCCAGAAUCGCCGUCAAUUCUAUACCGAAAGCACCGGCUCUAAUAGCUCUGGAAACGGAGCCGCCUCCACCGGAAGCAAUGGCUCCAGCGCAAGCAGCGGAGCUGUCAAAAGUGGUAAGCAGAAUGAAAGAGUCGGGGAUCAAAAGCGUACGGAUUCAGACGUCUUCAACAUUUCCAUGAACGCCUUCGCCCCCACUUCGAAGAGCGACGAACAGAUUCAGGGAUUCAACAUGCUCAGCUCGUACUACACUGGUGCUCUGAAACUGAGCAACUCAACGUCGUUCACGACUCCAGGUAUGAUGAUGAUGAUGAUGAUGAUGAUGAUAUAGUUGAAAUAAUCACGCUUCUUGGGUUGGGCACACUUCCGGACAGGCUCCCCCUUCCAAUUUCCUGUUUUUCGUCUCUUCUUCUUCUCCUUUUCCUACUGUAUCAUUUCGUGACCAAAACAAUCAAGCAUGAAUGCGGCCCUAACAAACCCUCUUCUGUUUGUUCUCCUCCCACAUCACAACUACCGUAGUUCCUCUCUCCACUCCUUCGGACUCAUUCAUCCAUCAAAAACUCUGUGCUCCGGCUCGCGCGAGCAGAGACGCGGCGGCGCUCGAGAAGAGCGAUACUUUAAUUGCGUCGCGUGUGCUCUGUGCUGCUCCAACCAAACCGCUCCACAAACGGCUAUUAUCUGAGUCGUUUGCCGACAGACAGCUCUUCCUCCUUUUGUGUUGCCAACCGAAGGAGGGGUCCUAGCAGUUGAGAUUAUUAGGGGCCAGAAUGAGUGGGUGGGGUGGCACCAAUUAUGUUGUGUAACAUGGUCGCACCCGAACGGUAGUGUGCUUGUCGGAACGAGAGCUCAAGGAGAGCGAACGAUAUUUGUGAGGGAUUACUGUAAAUAGAAGAGCUCAGACAGGCCGUAGGAGGAAGGAAGAGCAGCAAUCAAUUCUGACGAUUAUCCGUGUAGUUGUGAUUUUCUGAUCUCGAUCUGAAUCCCCUCAAAAUAGCCGUCCGACGUCAUCGACCCGAUCGGUUUCGCUUUAUUCGUUUCCAAAGUAGGCAAUUUCCGGUGGCAGAGGUAUAUCCAUUACCCCCGAUUCAGUAGCGGCUUCCCAUGCCGAUUGGGCUCUUCCUGCUCUCAUAUCCAAUUCUCUUCGCGACUUCCGCCGCCCACACACCUUCUUUCGGUGCCGCCGUGAGUAAUUACUGUCGAGGCGGGAAAACAGAACGAUUGAGGUGGCGGAUGAUGAUGUAACAGGACGCCGGGGCGACAGAUGCCGCAGACUGUACACACAUAACAAGAAGAUAUCGAUUCUAAUCCGCAAAUAAUGUCGGCCGCCACUUCUUCAUCUUGCUCGGGGAGCAUCUUCGGCUUCUUCGUCUUCUUCUUCGUCUUGGGAUCCGAUUUCAGACGGGCUCCCUUCUGUCAUCCAUUCCAUUUGUUUGCCCUCAUCUUUCACUUCAAAAGGGGCUCUCGGCUACUUGAUUUCGUGCGUCGACCACAUUAUCAAACCGCCUUUAAUUGGCCAGUUCUUCGGAGAGCAUUCAGAAGAAGAAGAAGAGCAGCGCCUCGUAAAUAAUCAAUGCGCUUCGGAAGAAACGGCGGCGGGGAAAGGCGGGAGACGUCUUCUGAUUUGGCGACGGAAGUGAACACAAUUGCUCGCGCAGUUAGUUAGGGGGUCAAGAGAUGUGUUAGGAAAGGAGCCAAUUAAAAUAAGAUGCGCAUGUGUUCAAGAAAGAGAGCGAGCGAGAGCUUCCUGUCAGGUGGCAAUGUCCCGCAAACAAGACAAUAGGGCUUUGAUUUGAAUCGGAGCUCGAAAAGCCCGAGAAGGAAAAUAGGACGAGCUCACGAAGUUCGUGGAUUGAUGAGCAACUCAUGACGUCUUCAAACUUCUCCGUUCUGCUCCAAGUCGUACAGUAUCCAGGCGCACCUGCUGAGCUCCAACCACCUGCCCCGCUUUUCCAUUCAUCUUCUCAUUCAUCUUAUUCUCCUCGCUUUUCCUUCCUCAAAUACCCCUCCAAUUAGUGUUCUGCAAUUUGUCAACUCUCGUCCACCUGUGAAGCAUGUGUGUCGUUCUAAUUCGAUCACACACUGUGUCUGUGCAGAUGUCUGUCCGGACCAUGAUUUCUCUUGCAUCACCGCGCAUUUUCGCGCAUGCGCAUUCCUAAUUUAAUCGUCUAGAGGAGCAGCAAUCACAACAUUUGGAACGUCCUUCAGAGUGAAUAAUGUAACAACAAGAUGGGGAGAAAGUUUGGGAAUUUUGGAAGAAGCUAGACCCUGUCCAUUCUUUUAAACAUUCCAUUUAUUUAUUUUCAGAUCCAUACCAGAUCCUCGGCCCAACCAGUAAGAACCUUGCCCAUUCCGGCAGUGGACAGACUCAAUUGUGGCAGUUCCUUCUGGAAUUGCUCUCCGACAAACGGUAUUCGGAAGUGAUCACUUGGGAGGGAACCAACGGAGAAUUCAAACUGGUCGAUCCGGAUGAAGUGGCAAGAAAAUGGGGAGAGCGCAAGUCGAAGCCGAAUAUGAACUACGACAAAUGUCGAGAGCACUCCGCUACUAUUAUGACAAGAACAUAAUGGCCAAAGUACACGGAAAGAGAUACGCCUACAAGUUCGACUUCCAAGGGAUCGCUCAGGCUCUGCAGCCGCCCACCGCCACCCAUCCACAGGAUUAUUUCAAUUCGCACGCGAUGGGCAGAAUCGCUCCGGACUUUCCGUGGACUGGCGCCAAUUACAGAUCCCUGAAUCCCAUUUUCAAUGUAAGAUAUUGUUUAUGUAAUAUUUCUAUGGCAACUAUUUUCAGAACGGCAGCGCAAUCUUCAACCCAUCAGUCAAUUAUACGGCGUUCGGAGCCGCCGGCACUUCGAACAAUCUGUCGGCCGCCCGUGCAUUCCCGCUCUAUCGAUAG